AACUCAAAUUUCCCAUAUUAUUUUCACUAUUCGGUGUCCCUGGAGCUCGAGUUUUCCAAUUCCCAAACGGCAAAGGGUGAAGCCGAGUAAUGACGACGAUUCGCAGAUUUUGCUGCAAUGAUCUUCUCCGAUUCGCCUCUGUAAAUUUCGAUCAUCUCACUGAAACGUUCAACAUGUCCUUCUACAUGACCUAUUUGGCAAGGUGGCCUGAUUACUUUCAUGUCGCAGAAGCGCCUGGAAACCGAGUAAUGGGUUACAUUAUGGGAAAAGUUGAAGGGCAAGGUGAAUCUUGGCAUGGUCAUGUAACUGCUGUAACUGUUGCUCCAGAGUACCGCAGGCAACAAUUAGCGAAGAAACUCAUGAACCUGCUUGAGGACAUCAGUGACAAGAUUGAUAAAGGUUAUUUUGUGGAUCUUUUUGUACGAGCAUCAAACACACCAGCAAUAAAGAUGUAUGAAAAGCUUGGAUAUGUGAUCUAUAGAAGGGUGCUACGUUAUUAUUCAGGGGAAGAAGAUGGGUUAGAUAUGAGGAAAGCUUUAUCACGUGAUGUUGAGAAGAAGUCUAUUAUCCCUCUUAAACGACCUGUUACGCCAGACGAAUUAGAGUAUGAUUGAUUCUAAACUCAUUAUGGAAAUUCUGGCAACUUAAGUUUGAUGAGCAUUAGCAUGUCCUUGGCAUAUGAAGUUAGGUUUCAUGGCUACAUUUACGAGUUCUGUGUCAAGAUGUCAGUCUUUGUUUCAUGCUUCUUAAUCAACACUCACUGGUCCAAUGCUAAGACAUGGAUUAUCGAGUUCUUUUAGUGGAUUAAAGGUAAUAUUCUUGUGUCUUUUCUCUUUGUUUUAUCGUGAAAUUGCUGUUGAUUGCAGUUCCGGAUAGAUGGAGUGGUGGGUAGGUCGGGUUACCUUCUUCUAUGUGCAUGUCCACCAUGACUUCCUCUAGUCAUACAUAUAAAUAUUUAACUUCUCGUUCAUUUCGAGCUUAAGCUUAUUCUUUGACUUUAUUGCUUUAGAGAAGAUAUAUAAUCUCUGGAUUGAUGAUAA